AAAAAACAGUGAAACUACAUAAACGACAUGUACAAUCCAAACCAUUAAAUUUUGCUGUGAAAUCAGAGCAACGUGAAAGCAAAAUAGCAAAACAGGCAAGCUGCCACCGUCAUUACGUUUUGCUUCCAAGUUGUGCGAUGUUUACUUUUCCAACAUGCACACGUUCAUACCUCUAAAUGUGCAAUAUGUACAUGUAGAUAUGUAUGAAUAUAUUUCUGUGCAUGCAAAGUAAUCGUUUCUGUUUACUUUUAUUUAUUAGACAUUUCCUUAUUUUCAUCCGCUAUGGGGGGAAAAAUAAUAAUGCGCCCAUACGCGUGGUAAAUAGUCUACUCGGUCUCUUGAAAAUAAUUAUAUUUGGUGCGGCGCUGAAUCAACACGUGACUCUGUCUAGCACCAACACAUGCAUACAUAUAUAUAUAACUGAUCUACGAUUGUGUGUGCUCCCCUUUUUUUCAAUAAAUUUAUCAUACAACAAAGAAAUAAAACCGGAAAAUACUAAAUAUCAACAAAGCGUCCAACUAUGACUGCACACUUUGGACAGCGGGAAGAAAUAGUAGACAAAAAAAACGUGCAAUGAACGUGAACGGUAAACGGCCCAUCAGCUGUGCAGCACAAGGCAAUAGAGCACAUCGUUUGUUUGCUCGUCGGCCCCAUCGCAGCUAUGCAACAGCAUAACAGCAUGAAAAAGCUAUUUGCAAUACAACCGAAUGCGUUUCGAGAAGUACCAAACUUACCAACAUUGCACCUGCACUCUGCAGCCUAGACUCUCCAUUGCUCUCUCUCUCUCUCUCUCUCUGCCUCUGUUUGCUGUUGGUCUUUGCUUUUGCUUUAUUUCUUCUUAUUUACAUUGUUGCCGGCUAUAGCGACAGCUACACCUCUGUUAAGCCACCUUCAGCUCCUCUGCUUAGCAACUCGCUGGUAAGUCGCCCGAUGACGAUCCAAAAGAUCACCAAUACCACUGUUAACUCCAACACCAAAAACAUCAGCCCCAUUAAUACAUAUGUACGUACAUCCAUGUAUUUAUACAUAGCAACUGUAACAGCAGUAAUAGUUGCUGCGUUAACAGAAUGGUUUUAGUUUUAGUCUUGAUUGGCAAAUCAAACGUUACGGAACAGCAAAAGCAACAAGAGACACGAGUAGACAAAUGAAUGAACAGUUGUACGGACGCAUACUGUAUAUAGAACAAUAAGAAAAACUCGGCUCACACUCAGCUGAGCAGUCAUUUGGAACUAUGGGAUUGUGCAGUUUAUAAUUUGUUUGAUUUUUUGUUUACGAUUUGUUUUGUGUUUUAAGUAUUCUUCAAAAGCGAAAUCAAAUGGAGAAAUGAAACUAACAAUUAAAAUAGUAUUAAAUUUUAAAACUAGCAAUAAGAUGAAGUAAUAAUCAGAAGAAUAAAUUGAAGUGUAGAGAAAAGUAAAUGCAAAGUCAAUCAUAACAGAAAUCACACAAAUAAAAUAAGUAAAACAAAAUGUUUAAAAUAUACAACAACAAAGAAAGAAAGAAGAUUGUAAAGUGAAACAAGAACCUGAAUUGGAGUACUCACAAAAACCAAUAAGAGUAUCUAUGUAUGUAUGUACACAUACUUAUGUAUAUACAGAUAUACUCGUACAUAUUAGCGGCUACGAUAUGUGACGUUCAACAGCUGAACAGUUAAAAACAAAGGAUCUAUCAAUUCCAGCGAAAAUUGAAAGCAUAAAAUUAUAAUUUCAAACAAUCAAUUGAGUUCUUAAAGCUUAAGCUUAACCUCAAAAUCAUAUUAAAACCAUGCUUUUUCGAUUACUAAAGAAGGGCCCUAUCCGACAUUCAACGCUUGCUGCCUAUUCUUCUUUGGUUUGCCCUUUUUGCAUUUUAUCUUUCUGUAUUUACGCAGGCGAGGAAUGGAAAUUCACCCAAUGCAGCCAGCUAAAUGCAAAAGCUAAAGUGCAUACUACUAUCACACUUGUUGAUUAAACAAAUAAACGCACAUACAAAUAGAAAUUUAAGCCAAAUUUAUCAAAGUCCAAAAAGAGAAAAUGCCAAUAAUGAUUUGGCUACUACGAAAAUUUACUUUCUGACGUAUAUUAUUUUGGUUAAUAGCCCUAAACACCACAUAGUGCCACCAACUAAUCCCACCCAAAAAAAGUGCCCAGAAAUCCACAACGCAAAUUAAUAUCGGUUACUGAACUAUUUGCUACGUCAACAAAUAAGUAACUAAACAAUAUUAAAUUUCAAAAGAACAGCGAUGAACAAAAGUCAGAACGCGACCAAAAGAUAAUAUGCGCGGAUAAGAGAACAAAACAAGAAAAAACACAACAAAAUACCCACCGAUAAAAGAAAGAAGUCAAGUGCCAAACAACACAAAGCAUAACAAUAAUACAAGCGAAUAUAGAAAUAGUAAAAUAAAAACAAUACGUGCGUUGAAAAACAAGAGUUCAGCAGAAAUAUCUACAUACAUACAUAUAUACAAGUAUAACAAAGCAACGAACUCAAGGAACAGCAACAUAUCCACCCCCCACUAACUAGACAAUACCAAAAUAAAAAGUGAUAAAAACACGUAAAAUCAAACAUCAUCAAAUCAAACCCCAUAUUUACAAAUUACAACUACAACUACAACGUAAAAUAUGAAGCAAACACGCAAGGUUGCACCAGAUGGCGGUUGGGGUUGGGUUGCUUGCUUCGGGGUCAGUUUAGUAAAUUUGGCAACCCGCUCGAUCGAACCCUCAUUCGGCCUGCUCUUCGGCGAUUUACUGCGUGAUCUCGAUGUCGGCACCACCGGCGCUGCGAUUAUUAUGAGUACACUCGACGUGUGUAUGAAUUUCUCAGGUCUCUUCGUCGGCCCUCUACUCAAGGAGUUCUCCUACCGAAAGGUGGCUAUCGCUGGUUCAUUACUUUGUGGCAUCGGCUUGGCUGCCACUUCACCCGCCGCCAGCAUGCCUCACAUACUCAGCACGUAUAGUGUGAUUAAUGGCAUAGGCGUCGGUCUAUCCACAUCCGCCGCCUUUGUAGCGCUCAAUCACUACUUCAAGUACAAACGAGGCCAAGCUGUGGGCUUAUCCAUGGCCGGCACAGCCUUGGGUAUGCUUAUUAUGCCACAACUGGUACGUGUGUUGCUCGAAGCGUUCGGCUUCCGUGGUGCUGUGCUGAUGUUGGCCGGUAUCGCAUUGAAUUCCACAGUAGGUGCCGUGCUCUUACAACCUGCCAAAUGGCAUAUGAUAGAGGAGGUGAUUGAUGAGGAAAUGAUGACAGUGCCGGUGUCACCGCCCACUCCGCCCACACCCGAUGUUAAAAUCAUACGUGAAGAUGGAAACGAAGAGGACGCAUUGCCCGAGUUGAAUACGUUACUCUUUCCCAAAAAACAAUAUAUGCGUAAGAAUUACUCCGAAAUGGCGAUGAACACUAUGAAUGGUACUCGUAUUGGUAUGCCAAAGCGGCCCACUUUCCCGCGCAUCAUGUCACUAGCCGGCGUACAAUCAGCAGUGAAUAACAGUCACUCCCAUGCAGAUGUAAAUACAACGCUGCGCAAUCGCAAACAUUCUGUUACAUCGAAUCUAUCUUAUAUGGACUUCACCGGUUCGAUUCUACAAGUGCACAUGAAUGUGGGCGACGAAGAGUUUGAGCGUAACGAUCGCGAGCUGAAGCGUGUGAAUACUGCGGCGAGUGGUAUGGCGAAUGCGCAUCGUGAUUCCUUUAUUAAAAUGCGUCCAACAGGGACUGAUAAGUAUGAAGAGUCACCGGAAAAAGAGGCAGAGAAAAAACCUGGCUUCUGGCGACGUUUUGCUGAUCUCAUGGAUAUUGAUUUAUUACGUGAUAAAAAAUUUCUAAAUAUACUCUUUGGGCUGUCAAUUUUCUACGUCGGCGAGAUGAAUUUCAAAAUGGUUACGCCGUUCUUUUUUGCCAAUCUCGGCUACAACAAAACAGACGUGGCUUUCUGCCUAUCAAUAACGGCAAUCACAGAUAUUGCAGCCCGUAUAAUACUCCCGCCAAUAUUCGAUCGCACUAGUAUCAAAAAGCGUACUGUGUUCCUAGUCUCAAUCAUCUUUGUGGGUAUCACCCGUUCGAUUAUGGCUGAGCAAACCGACUGGACACAGCUUAUGAUUUGGCUAUCGAUUUGCGGUUUCUUCCGUGGCUCCGCUUUGGCCAAUUUCACACUAACUGUUUCCGAGUACUGUUCACUGGAGAAAUUACCCUCGGCCUUCGGUUGGCAUUUGGUAGGCAAAGCUGUAUUUGUCAUCUGUCUGGGACCGCUGAUCGGUCUGAUUCGUGACGUCACCACCAGCUAUCCCAUCUGUAUACACGCACAAACAGUUUGUAUAUUCCUUUGUGUAAUCGCCUGGACGAUCGAGUAUGCGAUCACAUAUUUGAAUGAGAGAAAGACGGCGGCGGAAGAUGAUAAUAAUGCCACAAUUGGACCUGAGACUACCAUAAAACACUAACACGUGCUUAAUAUGCUAGCGAGAUAUUUUUAUAAGAACAUUUUGGCGGAGCUCAGUAUGAGAAAUGCAUGCAUAUACCUACACACACACAUACAUAUAUACAUAGUAUAUACAAUAUAUACGCAUAUAUUGAAUUUGGGCUAGAAUGAGAUACAAUGAAAAUCAGUUAUUUACAAAAUGUAAAAAUGUAAAUUAAUUAAGAAAUUAGAAUGUACGUAUGUACGUGAGUUAGAGUUUAAUAAAUAAGCGAGGUUCACACUUAAUGAAAUGAGAAAUAAUGAAGUGCAUGUAUCCACAUACCUACUUAUAUGUACAUACAUACAUACAUGUAUAGUAUGUGUGAAAUGUGCGAUUUUCAAUGUGAUAGUUCAAAUUAUGCUUAUAGAUCGUAAGGCUAAGAAUACGUUGAAGGCGUCUGUCAGUGUUGCACUGAAAUUGUACUCUUUUUUAUACAACUUUCUAACGAACAUAAUGCAAUGUACUUGCAGAACAAGAAAAUGUUACAUAGAACUUGAGCGUUGAGCGUGAGAGCGAGAAGAGUUUAAAACACAAAGCGGAAGUAUUACUUAAAUAUGUAAAAAAAAACAAAUAAAUGCCUAAUUGAAGAUUAGUUUCAAUAACCCUGGUUUUGUGGGUAUGUACGUGAAUGUAUAACUCUCCAAGGGAGCCUUGUUGUUUGGAGAAAAUCAUGAAUUCAAAUACAUACCUGCACUACAUACAUACAUACAUAUAAGUAAAUAGGGAUUAUUAGUAUUUUUUUAUUUCACCCUACUUUGUUUUUAUUACUUCUUUAAAAUACAGUUGUGUUUUUUAUUUUUAUUUAUUAUUAAUAAU